AUGGCUAAUCGCGGCUACGAUGUUGUUGUGGAUGUAGAUGCUGAGGGCGACCUCGGACAUACUGAUCUCCAAGAAGACCUGGAAUUUCACAAUUCAAACUUCGACGAAAACCCUAGAAGCGCCAACAAACCUCAUUCAGCCUCAGCUCCAUUCAUAGGGGGUGCUUCUUCCUCUCGCCGUGGCACAUCCCCUGGAGGAACUCCCUCGAAACAUCGCUUAUGGACUCUUACAUAUUACGCGCAAUAUUUCGAUGUUGAUACUAGCGAAGUCUUCCGUCGGUGUACAGCAACCUUAUACCCACGCUCGAACUUCCUAGAUGUUCUGGACGGAAAUGCAGAUCUCUAUGGUCCAUUUUGGAUUGCUACAACAGUCGUCGUUAUUCUUUUUCUUACAGGAACGAUAUCUCAGUACCUUGCUCAUGAGAAGAAACGCCACUUUGAAUAUGAUUUCCGUUUGUUGUCUGGUGCAGCUGGACUGAUAUAUGGAUAUACGGGGGUGAUUCCCAUUGCGUUGUGGGCUGCUUUGCGUUGGUUUGGGAGUACCAGCGCAGAUUUGGUCGAAUGUUGGGCUCUCUAUGGCUAUGCGAAUUUAAUCUGGAUUGCCGUAGCCCUGGUGAGUUGGAGCCCGCUUACUAUUCUCAACUGGGUUCUUGUAGGCGUUGGUUUCGGAUGGACGGUAUUCUUCCUCCUACGAAACCUGUACCCAGUACUCAGCACGGCAGAUACAAGGACAAGUAAGAUUUUAUUGAUUCUAGUCAUCGCACUACACGCAGGGCUGGCGAUUGCGAUUAAAAUUCUCUUUUUUGCCCAUGCUAGCCCUGUCAAGACAAAUAAAGACAAAGGCAAGGAUGACCAUGAUGAUAAAGAUAAACUGGCCCGCAUGCUCUUUUAG